GGUUUGGACGGUAGAAUGCGAGUGUGGUGCAAUGCACCGAGGUGCAGGGAGUAAUUGCCAAGCUUUCCGCUCGCUGUGGAAUGGUGGGAAAUUGUUUGCCACGAAACACUCUAUUGUGUUGGUGUGUGCACUCUCGCAUCCCAUCGCAUCGCAUCACCAAACACACACCCACGAGAAAAGAAGAAGGGCGUUUCUGAUUUCUCUGGACGAUUUGUUCCGGAUUACGUACAGUAGGAGUACUCGCGCUCUUUGCAGCAAUAUGAUUUCGAGAGUUGGGAUUUAGGGUUAUGGAGCUCUGAUCAGAUAGAGAAGACAAUGAGCCAUGAAGGAACCGCGGAAAGAUGCACCGCCGGCGAAAGUGAAUCCCAAUUUGUGCAGGAACAUCGUCGAGACCCUUAAUAUUGAUACCAAGAUUGCGAGGAGGAGCUUCUGUGAUCUGUCUCUUUCCCUGUUCUUCUCGCUUUGGUGCUUUGUUUUAUUGUUUUAUGGUAAAUUUGGUCUCUCGCGCGGAAAUGAAGGGGAUUCGCCUGUCUAUAAUGGGCUAAUUCACAACACUACCAAGAAUGAUGAUCAGCCACUCAACAAUACAGCUUCUCUGCUAAAAAAUGGAUCUGAAAUUAUAACAAACAGAGGUCUAAUGGAACCAAAUGCAUCCCUCCUAUGUAACGACUCUACGCUGCACAGUAGCCAAGGGAUUGUAGAAUACUCAAUCAGGGAAACAAGAGGAUUGGAUGAACUGAUAUCAGUUAUCUUAGGUUAUGAUUCAUGUAUAUGUCGAUUAAAGCCACAAGAAGCUGUCAGAGAAUAUGAACCUACUGAGCAGCAGAAUGGUCGAAUUCUUUUGAGUUAUCCUAAUCUUGAUGAGUUCAAACAUAUUUCUAAGCAAGGGAAAAACAGCAUCCCUCGUGAACAUGUAAACAUCACCCACAGGCAGGAGCCUGAUGGAACGCCAUACAACUAUGCCUCACCCUCAAAGGGUGCAAAAGUGGUUGCUCAUAAUAAGGAAGCGAAGGGAGCAAGCAAUAUCCUUGGAAAGGAUCACGACAAGUAUCUGAGGAACCCUUGUUCUGCCGAGGAGAAAUUUUUCAUCAUUGAGCUUGCAGAUGAAACUUUGGUUGAUGCUAUCAAAAUUGCAAAUUUUGAGCUUCACUCCUCUAAUUUUAAGGAUUUUGAAUUAUCUGGGAGCAUGAUUUAUCCGACCAAGAUAUGGAAUACAUUAGGGUCAUUUGUUGCUGUCAAUGUCAAGCAUGCACAAUACUUUAAACUGCCUGAACCGAAAUGGGUUCGAUACUUGAAAGUCGAUUUGCUGAGUCAUUAUGGUUCUGAAUUCUACUGUACCUUAAGUCAUAUAGAGGUAUAUGGAAUUGAUGCUAUUGAACAGAUGCUUGAGGAUCUUAUGGUUACUUCUGGAGGACCUUCAGCUAAUGGAAUGGAAAAUCAUAAUUUGACUGCAACACCAUUGAUUCUUCCCGAGUCUGGUUCCAAUAACACUGAACCUGAUGAAGUUGCUCAUGAUUUGGUUGAAGCUGUUAGUAAGGGGGCCGGAAGCAUUGAUGAAGGUCAGAAGCCUUCUUCAGACAGUCCAAAGAAGCCUGCACCCACGAGCAGCAUCCCCGAUCCAACUCUGAAUGCUAGACAGCAUCCAAAUAGCAGAUUGCAUGCCGAUGCGGCCCUAAAGGUACUGUUACAGAAGGUCAGAUCACUCGAGCUAAACUUAUCUGUGCUGGAGGAAUACAUCAAAGAAAUUAACAAAAGACGUGGAGAUUUUUUGCCGGAGCUUGAGAAGGAGCUGUUGAAGUUUUCUGCUUUUCUGGAGAAAAGUUCAUCAGAGACAAAGGAUCUCUUGGAAUGGAGAGAGAUUAUGGAAAAAGAAGUGUUCGAGCUGGAGUCUUGGAGGGACGUCGUGUCAAAACAAAUGGAUCUCUUGGUCACCCAAAAUAUCAUGUUGAGAUCAGAGGUGGAAAAGGUUUUACAUGAACAGGAAAAUUUGGAAACAAAAGAGCUCAUUCUUGUAACACUGAGCUUCCUCUUCACAUCCAUCGCCAUUCUCAAAAUAAUUUCGGUAAGGGUGGCCAGAUUCUUCUGUGCCCCAGUCCCUGGCGCAGCUUUCCUGUCGAAUAGAGGAUGGACUUUAAUUCUCAUUUUCUGUGGCAUGACCAUGCUCAUCCCUCUGUUUUAUGGUUAGUUUCCUAACUAUAGAAUUAAAGUUUUUAGAAACAAGUUUUUGAGUGAGAGGGGGUAGAUAAUGUUGGAGCCAUGAAUGUAGGUGUAUGAGUAUGACAGAUUGUUGUAUAGAUGAACUGGUUGUUGAUCUGAAAGUAAAUGUGAUGAGAGUGCAAACAGUGACUAUUUGUUUUUGAGCAUCACUGUGGAUGCCAACAAUAGAAUGAAUCAAAGACAGAGUAAAUUUAAUUUUUAUUUUUUAUUUAUUUAUUUUUUUUAUAGUAAAUUUAAUUUUAUUGUUGCUUUAUAGCUCCCUCUUUGGUAGGAUAA